CGCAUACUUUUAGAAAGAUUAAAACGACCGUAAAUGGUAACAUAUGAGCUUCAAUGAUUGGUUGAAAGACAUGUCAAUCAUGAUUGUGGCCCCCGUGUUGUUCGGUGGUCUUUGUUUGGAUGGAGUGGCUCGCUUGCAAUUAGAGUGUAACGUAACGGGUGCUACUACAGAAGAUUCAGGAUAUUUAACUGUUUAUAUAUCAAUGGGAAUUCCCUCGUAGAUAUUUCCCAUGUUUAAUCACUGUCAUUACUGUGUAAAAGCAACAGUACUUAGGUUGAACAAAUUGUGUCGCUGUUUUGAGUAAUUGUUUUUGUCACUUCCAUUGCUGUACAGGUGUAAUAGUAACUUAGCUAGUAGCAUCUCUCGUUCGCCGCCUGACUGGAACAGUUGCUAGCUGGUUAAAUGCAGUUUUCUUCAACACAGUACAACAAGAAAAUUCAACUCUAGCCUCUAGUCCUGCUGCUAGCGGAACAAAAGGGACCUGUCCACCCUGGACCUCAUCAAACCCCUCUUAUUCUGGGACAGGAAGGACCCGGCCACCCUGGACCACAUCAAACCAUGCUGGUACUGGGACAAAAAGGACCUGGCCCACACUCCAUCAAAGUCAGAGGGACUGGACCCUGCCACCGAGGCCCGGUACCGCAGAGAGGGGGCUCGGUUCAUCUUUGAUGUGGGCACACGGCUUGGGCUGCACUAUGACACACUGGCUACUGGGAUUGUUUACUUCCACCGCUUCUACAUGUUCCACUCCUUCAAGCAGUUUCCUAGAUAUGUGACAGGAGGAUGCUGCCUUUUCCUAGCAGGCAAAGUGGAGGAAACUCCAAAGAAGUGCAAAGACAUCAUCAAGACAGCUCGCAGCCUGCUCAACGACAUCCAGUUUUCUCAGUUUGGAGAUGAUCCCAAGGGCGCACCGACAAAUAAGGAAAAUAUGAGGAAGAGGAGGGGGCUGGUAACAGACUGGCAACAGAUGCCCAAAACAAACCUGUUUGGAGCACAACACAAGGAGGAGGUGAUGGUGUUGGAGCGCAUCCUGCUGCAGACCAUCAAGUUUGACCUGCAGGUGGAGCAUCCCUACCAGUUCCUGCUGCGCUAUGCCAAGCAACUCAAAGGUGACAAGAACAAGGUGCAGAAGCUGGUUCAGAUGGCCUGGACCUUUGUGAAUGACAGCCUUUGCACCAUGGUGGCCCUGCAGUGGGAGCCGCAGAUUAUAGCAGUGGCUGUCAUGUAUCUGGCCGGACGUCUCUGUAAGUUCGACAUCCAGGACUGGACCUCCAAGCAGUCAUCCCGGCGCUGGUGGGAGCAGUUUGUCCAUGAUGUGCCUGUGGAAGUGUUGGAAGAUAUCUGCCAUCAGAUCCUGGACUUGUAUUCUCAGGCUAAGCAGCAGAUGCCUGAUGGAGGAAUAGGGACUGGAGAAAACCCCCCACCACCUUCCAUCCUGUCCCCGUCAGCCACACCGCCGGCAAAGAAGGCCUCCCCUCAGACCAGCCCCAGACCACCCAGACCAGCCCAGCCCUCUCCCAAAGAUGACAGCAAGGUAGCUAAGCUCACAAAUCUAGAACCUCCUCCGCCUCCUCCUCCACCCCCCCCUCCUCCUCCAGUCUCCAUAAACCCAGAACAUAAACCCCCUUCCUCCUACCCACCAGCCCUAGAUCUCCCCUCUAAACCCCCUCCCCCACCUUUACCCCACUAUCCACCUCCACCUCCUCCUCCGCCCAAGGACCUAGCCACCUCUAGCUCCUUGGUGUCCAGCGAAGGCUACCAGAAGCUCCAGUCCAUGAUGAAGAUAGAGGGCUCCUGUUACACCACUGUACCCCAGGCCUGUGCCCCACAGCUGGGCUACCACCACUACCCCCCAGGCACCACGUCCUACCACACUCCUCCACUCUCAGCCUAUAGCUACCUGCUUGCACCUCCACCUCCCUCAGUCAUGGGGAUGGCGCCUAGUUUGAGUAGUGGGUACCCACCACCAUCAACUGCUGGACACAAUCAGCUACCCCCUCCGCUCCCACCUGGGAUACCCCCAGUCAGCGGGCUAAGUCGGGGUACGUGGAUGAGAUGAGUACACGAAGACAGCAACAGGUUCAGAAAAGUUCAGAUGAAAUGUUUUAAAAUUGUUGAUUGAUAUGAAAUCACCACAGAAGGCAACUUUGAUGCUCUGAACAUUUUCACCUUUUCAGUGUUCUCAGUUCUUCAAAAAGUCUUUAUAUUAUUAUAUGGAGCAGAUAAUGAUUUGUGCCAAUAUUCUGUAAAUAUGUACUUUCACAUAAAUCUGAAAAGUUCAUCUAGGUUUUACUUAACUUGGCAGUGUUAACAGACACAUGGAGGAUUGUAAAAUGAAUGUCUUCCUUUAGCUCUUCUUUUUUGCACAACACAUUGUCAUAUUUUAAAGUAAACAGUAUUUACAUCUGUUUCAUAUUCUGCUCGGAUAAUCUCUGUUAUUGCCUCAUGUUCUAUUUAAAUAUUGAUAGGAACACUAUUUUGUUGUUGUAUUGCCAUGUGGGAGCAUCUAACCCUUUUCAUACUGUUAUCUUUUUAUUAGCCUAUUAAAGAGAACACAGCACUAUAAAAGGCA